AUGGCCUCCAGGUGCGGUGAUAUCCAUCAACAAGAUAAUCAGGGCCAUCUGGCGCAUUCUAACAAAGCCGAAAUUAUUUUAACGACAAAAGAUAAUGAUAGGGUGCUACUUUGGAGAAGUGAUGGUGGAAAUCAAUGGAAAUUACCUUGGUUUGUUCCAAGAGUAAAUGAAAGUUUUCGUCAAGGAAUAGCUAAAUGGUGUUUGAAUCAGCUGGGUGAGAAUGUUCAAGUACAUAUUCAUGGUGUGGCUGGUGUGAAACACAGCAUAUGUGCCGAGAAAGGAGGAUCUGUGACAUUAACAUUUCAUGUGUCUUGUAAAAACUGUCAGAACAUUGUCCAGUCAAGGGAAAAAAUUUGUGACAAUGGAGUUUCUUGUUGUCAGCUUAGUGAAUCAAAUAGUGCAUUUGGUAGUUUGUUUAAGUGGUUCUCUGAUUCUGAGACACAAAGUGAGGAUGUAGAAGAAGAUGUCUGUCAAUGGAUUAAAAAGGCUUUGAGUCAAGAAUUAAUAGUUUUAGAAGUGUCAGAAGUGGCUAAUGGUGAUUCUGGUUUACUUCAAGAACAAACAAAAGCUGAAAGAAGUUCUGAAAGUACUGUAGCAAACAACAGAGUUAGCAGUACACGUAUGUUAGAAAGAAUAAAUACAUCAGGGUCAAAUUUUCAUCAAAAAUUAUGUAAAGUUCCUGCUGAGGGAAACUUCCGUACUUUGGAGCAAGUUCAACCAGAAAAGCAACAGAAUUCUAGUGGUCAUACGUUGAAAAGUGUUAGUACGUGGAAGAUUCCUCACAGAACUCCAAAAGAUGGUCUUUUUUCUGCUUUAGAAAAACUUGUGGAAUCAGCCCAUUUUGGAAAAUUAGAAAAAGAAUUCCUUCAAAGAAAAUUUGAUAAGUAUUGUGAUGGACUUGGGGUAAUAAAGUUUGAAGGGUUUUCCUUGGUUAUGAAAGAGCUUGGAGUGACAGCAGGACUCAAAGGCUUAUUCAGAGCAUUUGACUGGAACAAUCAUAGGCAAUUGACCUAUCAAGAACUACUCUUUGGAGUGGCAGCCAUGGACCCCUCCACACCCCAUGGAGGGCCAUCUGGGGAGCUGCGUUGUCGAUACAUAUUCAGGUGCUAUUCUGCUGAGCAAGAAUCUUGUCUGUCCUUUGAAGGAUUCAAGUCCAUGGUAAAAGAUAUUCAGCGAUUGAAAGGAGAGAGCAAUGAAGAGGAUGUUGUUUUAAAAGAAGCCAGAAUCAAAGCCAAAAUGUUUGGUUCAGGACCUUCAGACAAACUGUCCUUAGUGGAUUUUUUAGAAGCAGUGGGUAAUCUUCGAUUCCGUGGGACAUCUCAGCUGUUACGUCUGCCUUUGUCAAUCAUCAAACUUGCCCAGGAUGAAAUGUAUGAAAGCCUUACUCAGGAAAAGACAUCGGUGAUCACCAGAUCGAACUCUCCAGUGAAGAAAAGAAGGAGUGAGCAAAUGGACGACACCUUGGAAUUUGAAGGAAAUAAUUUGACAAUUGGAGCUGUAACAGAGAUUCAAUAUGAACUUGCCACUCACACGGUUAAAGUGCGUCGAAGUGGAAUGCUGAGUGACGUCAGUGUAAUGUGGGAUAUGAAAAACACUGGCAUGGUGUCAGGGAGUGCGCAGAGUGAACUGGAAACUAAUAAACUCAAGAUUGCGCGGCUACCUUCAAUUAAUUGCUUCAACAAGCAAUCAGAUGCCAAUCAAAUGCUGUCCGCCCUAAGGUACUUUGAGCGUACAAUAAAGUCAACAGCUACAUCCAAGGAAAGUUUUAACUGGGGUCUGGUGGAGAUGACUUCCCUGGGGAACUGUCUGUUGUGUAUCUGUCGAACUCUUCAGGAGAUAAUAAAGACGGAACCACGACUUAUCAGAGUUAAGUCACCCACUUACAUAGUCGGUGAUCUUCAUGGUAAUUUUCGUGAUUUGGUGUGUUUUGAGAAGGUUCUUUGGCGUAUGGGCCCAGUUCUAACCCCCGCUAGUUUCAUGUUCUUGGGGGACUAUGUCGAUCGAGGGGAGAAUGGAGUCGAGGCCUGGGAGCUUAUGUGGGGGGAUCCUCUGAGGGCAGAAGAGGUGACUCCCGACAUUUUGGAGAAACUCAAACAAAACGAGGGAUUCAUAGAAAAUAGAAGGCGAGGUACUGCUCACCUGUUCAGUGCGGAUGCCUUGGAUGCUUUCUUGAAAAGGAACCAUCUUACUCACGUGAUCAGAGCGCAUGAAGUACAACAAGCUGGCUUCCAGGUUCAACAGAAUGGCAAACUCCUGACCGUAUUCUCGUCAUCGCAAUACUGUGGGGGGUCCAAUGAAGCAGCCUGCAUCCUGGCAUAUCAAAACAAACUACGCACAAUCCGACUGGAUACCACUUGAUCGACCAUACUCGCAUUUCGCAGCUAAAUCAGUUAGACCAACCGUGAACAGUAAGGACACAUCUCCAUCGUUUUGUUACUCGUUGCUCAUUUCUUUUGUUCUCAGUUAUAUAAUCAAAUUAUUCAUCUCUAGAGUAAAUUAUUUUUAAUAAAAAAACAUUUAAAAUACCUUUUGACCUUUGUAACACGAGUCAUCGGUAAUAUUAGCUUUUUGUUAGUUGAAAAGAACUUUUCAACUGAAACACAUAAGUCUGGUUUUGCAAAAACUAGAAUAAUAUCCAUAAUGGAAAGAGACUUCGAAAAAGUUGUUUUGUUAAAAAGGUUGUCCAAAGUAGAGUUAAUAUUUCUUAGAAGUUCAAAUGAGUAAGAUGUCGAGAGAAAACGAAUAAAGUUGAAAUUCCAAUUGU